UGUGUCAGUGGAACAUUUAGAUUGGAUUUUCUAAAGUACACAUGAAUGCAGAUCAUUUCAAAAGAUCGUAUUAAAUUCAAAAAAGCUCCAGGGUCACCAUGAGAAGAUGUUUUUUUAUCUGAUGGAGGCUGCAACCUAACACGCCUCGUGCAGCAUAUCUUGGAGGAGGUUCCGGGUGUGUCAUGCUUUGAUACAAGCAUAAAAACCCUCACAGUUUGGGCUGAUCACGGCAUUCAGCAACACUCAUUCAACCGACAAGAUGACCACUCUCAGUGUUAAGGACAAGGACACAGUCAAAGCCUUCUGGGCUAAAGUGUCUGGAAAUGCGGACGAGAUCGGCGCCGAUGCUGUGGCCAGGAUGCUUGUGGUGUACCCGCAGACCAAGACUUACUUCUCCCACUGGAAGGACCAGAGCCCCAACUCUCCCGCUGUGAGGAAGCACGGAGUGACUGUGAUGUUGGGAGUUGGAGAGGCUGUGGCCAAAAUCGACGACCUGAAAGCAGGUCUUGCAAGCCUCAGUGAGCUGCAUGCCUUCACUCUGCGUGUGGACCCUGCCAACUUCAAGAUUCUCUCCCACUGCAUCCUUGUGGUCAUGGCCACCAUGUUCCCCAACGAAUUCACCCCUGAGGUCCAUGUGUCUCUGGACAAAUUCCUGGCUUCUGUGGCUCUGGCCCUGUCUGAGAAGUACCGAUAAACAGCAGGAGAAGAAG